AUGUGCAGAGCGGGCAGGGCCGCCGCCGCCGCCGCCGCCCGCCCUCCCGCUCCCAGGUGAAGCCGCGCUAGGUGGGGCGGAGCGGGGCAGCCGGUGUCCGGCGGCGGCGGGGCGGCAGCCGGGGCAGGAUGAACAGCUCCGACGAGGAGAAGCAGCUGGAGCUCCUCACCAGCCUGAAGGACCAGGCUAUUGGUGAAUAUGAAGAGCUUAGAGCAGAAAAUAAGAAGACAAAAGAGGAGUGUGACAAAAUCAAACAAGAACGAGAUGAGGCUGUCAAAAAACUGGAGGAGUUUCAGAAAAUUUCUCACAUGGUUAUUGAGGAAGUAAACUGUAUUCAGAACCAUCUUGAAAUUGAGAAGACAUGUCGUGAAAGUGCUGAGGCUUUGGCUUCUAAGCUGAACAAAGAAAAUAAGACCUUGAAAAGAAUUAGUAUGCUUUAUAUGGCAAAACUGGGCCCAGAAAUUAUCACUGAAGAGAUUAACAUUGAUGAGGAAGAUUCAUCCGCAGAUACAGAAGCUAGCUCUGUGUCAUGCAACUCAAUGCGUUGUCAACGUCAAAUAAAAGAGCUGCGAGAUCAAAUUAUAUCUGUUCAUGAGGAAAAGAAGACCUUAGCCAUUGAACUGGAAAACCUGAGGUGCAAACUUGUAGAAGUAAUUGAAGAAGUGAAUAAAGUGAAAGAAGAAAAGGCAGUUUUGACAACAGAAGUUAAUAAGCAACAAGAACUGUUGGAAAAAUGUAACAGAGUGUCUGUGCUGGCAGUAGAGGAAUAUGAAGAACUUCAUGUAAAUUUUGAACUGGAAAAGAAUCUGCGGAAGAAAGCAGAGUCAUUUGCUCAAGAGAUGUUUAUUGAACAGAACAAGAUGAAAAGGCAAAGUCAGCUGCUUCUGCAAAAUUCUGCUCCUGAUCAACAGCUUUUGAAAGCUUUGGAUGAAAAUGCUAAGCUGACUCAUACAUUAGAAGAAGAGAGGCUUCAGCAUCAACAAAAGGUCAAAGAAUUGGAAGAGCGGCUAGAAAAUCAAGCACUGCAUAAGGAGAUUAGUCGUCUUAAACAGCAGCUAGAACUUUUGGAAGAAGAUAAAAAGGAACUAGAGCUUAAGUGUCAGAAUUCUGAAGAAAAAGUUAGAGACCUAAAGCAUUCAGUUGAUGAACUUCAAAAACGAGUACACCAGUCAGAAAAUCCUGCACCACCUCCUCCACCCCCACCACCCCCUCCUCUUCCUCCUCCCCCUCCUCCUAACCCGAUACGGUCUCUCAUGUCAAUGAUUCGUAAGAGAUCUCACUCCAACACCAACGUGAGCAAGAAGGAGAAACCUCCUCAGCAGGAGUCAGGUGAAGAAGUUACGGAUCUGAAGAGACAAGCUGUUGAAGAAAUGAUGGACAGAAUCAAAAAGGGAGUUCAUCUGAGACCAGUCAACCAGUCAAGCAGACCUAAAACAAAGCCAGAAACACCAAAACCCUCUGAAAGUGCAAUGAAAGAACUGAAAGGGAUUCUGGAGACACUUAACAAAUCCACUAGUUCUCGAAGCUUAAAAUCCCUUGAAACAGACAGCAGCGAAACAGAGCUAGAACGAGUUCUGCGACGCCGAAAAGUGACAACUGACCAGGACAGUGGCAGUCCCACUGGAAUUUUGGCCACAUCGGAAUCAAAGUCUCUGCCCGUGUUGGGCUCAGGAGCCAGUGCUGCUCAAACAGCAUUGAACAAGAAAGAACUGGAGAUGGAAUUCAAUUGCAAAGUACCUGAUGCAGAUUCUGUUUCUAACCAACUAAAGGGUAGCACAGGUUCCAAUGCUACAUUAGAAUCACCUAGUCAUAUGGGAUUUACAAGAAAAGCUUCUACCAGUGAAAAAGAGACAGAAUCUGUUGUAGUUUUAGAUCCUGUUUCCACCAGUGGGGAGGCUGAAAACGUGCUACAUCAACACAAAAUGAAUGAAGAAAAAAGUAAAGCACUACAUAAAGAAACUAGUGUCAAGAAAAUAAAAGAGACAGACAGUUCUAAUUGUUAAUUGUUAUGCCAAAAGGCUGUAACUUUGGGGAAUCUUUAUCUGGACAUGUAAAUUGCUUAGGUGUGUUAUCAGGGGCUACAGUCUGUACUCCAAACAGUUUUCAAUAAUACCAAUUGAAACAGUCUUUUUUAAUGCAGUUUUGUUAUAUGCAUUAAUGGGUUAAAUAACUAUGCAUUAUUCAGUCCUUUUCACAUUUUGAUUUCACUGGUAUGGUUUUUCGAUACUGUCAGUUACCUCUUCUUUAAAACUGUGUUUGAAAAGGGUUGUUUAAAUUAUUCUUUUCAUGAAAAGAUACUUGUUAAAGGUCUGUUCUAAAGCUUGCUGGAAGCCCCUUUCAUCCCUCUUGACUUGAAUGGUCUUUGGGUUAGAUGCUAAGAAGGUCAUCACACAAAAAUCAUACUUAGUAUAGGGGGUAAUAUCAAUAAUGAGAAAAUCAGUUUUGGACACACUGCCUUAAAAAUAUUUUAUGUCUAUUUAAAAUAAGGUCUUGUAGGUUUCCUUGUUGCUGUCUCCACACAGGCUAUUUUGACUAUUUUGAAAUUUAAAAGCACAAGCAUAACACUUUUGCUUCAGUUUGUUUGCCCAGUAGAGAGCUAGUAUGAAAAAUAAAAAGCACAGGCAGUGCAGCAUGCCAUUUUGAUAACAAGUCUUUUGGUAAUGAUAGCCAAAGUCAGAAGUUUGUUGGCUGAGAUUGGUGUCCUCAUCUGCAUUAAAAGCUCUUCAAAGGGAGGGCCUUUCUCCUAGGUUUUGUUUUAAUGUUACAUAGCAAAGUUUGGAUGUGAUACAGCUGGAGUCUUUAGGUGCUGCAAAAAAAAAAAAAAAAAAAAAAAAAAAAAAAAGUUACUGUAGGCUCCCGUGAGUAUGGGCUACAUCUGGGAUUCAGUCAUUACAGAAUUCCAAGUUAUUUGGAAUCAAUAUUUUGAGAACUCCCAGAUCCAGCCCAGUGGCACUAACAAAUGAACCUUUGCUCUGAGCAUUGUGUAAAGUGGUGGCAUUAAUUUCUUUAUUUGAUAAAACAAAAACCAAUUUGCCUCAACCCUUCUUUCCAGUGAAGACAACAUGAGAGGUACAUCAUUUGCUCCACUGCCAAUUCACAUUCCAUUGUAGUUUUUUAAAUUCAACACAGUAUUUCAUUAUUCUAUAAUGAACAAACAAAUGUAAUCAGGGAUUUACUUAAAGAAGAUUGGUGUAACUGAAACUGGGUGGUCACGUACUUGAAUGCAUUUGGAUUGUUUUCUAUUUAAUGAUCUGAAACAGUGAUAGUACUAAAGGAUGAAUGUUCCAAGUUUGUUGGUUUGACUCUGCAUGCAACUGUCUGGUGCUUUUCAUAAAAAUAAAAUGAUAGUAACAAGUGUGGUAGUUUCACAUCUUUUUUGGUGUUUUUGCAUGUCUGCUAAGAAAAUCUUGAAUUUGAUCUAAUUACUGAACUACGUAUGAUUCCUAAAUUUGGGGAAAUUUGUCUCUCAUUUUGUUGUAUAUCUCAUUUCUGUGUUUUUUUUUCUGGUGGUUAACUUUGCACUUAGAUAUGUUACACUUAAUUUAAAAUCUGACAUUUUAUGUAUGCAUUUUCCUCAGAUUAUUGCUGCUGUAUUAUAUGUUCAAGUUAUACAAAACUGGAAGUUUUUUAGAAAGUAUUUCUUUUACUUAAACUAUUUGUUACCUAUGAUACAAAUUAUUUAUCUUUUCACUGUUGCUUAUUAAAAAGACCACUGACAAGUUUCCCAGA